AUGAGCGAUAAUAAAUCCGAUGCUCCCGGUGGCGGCGGUGGUGGAGCGGCCGUCGCCACAGCUCCCGCUUCCAACGGAGGAAUCACCACAGCAGCCACUGCAUCACUCAACAACACAGACUCGAACCGAACCGCACGCAUUGCCCAGCGCAAGCAGCGCAUUGAGGCCAACAGAUUGGCCAAACUCCGUCCCGAGAAGGUCGAUGAAAACUCGGUCCGUCGCAAGCCCAGAGUCGAGCAAGACACCAAAGAGGCCAGCAAGUCAAAAUCUCAAAUCACUGGAAGCCGCAAGAUUAUCGAGUCAACCAAGAUCUCCGGAACCGAACUUGUCACGAACCUGCGUGUGGGAGUGGCGGCGCGAGAGUAUGUGCGGCGCCAGGAGCACAUGAAGAAGGCCGAUGGUUGGGAGAAGAGAAAAGACGACGAAAUCAAGACGUCGGGUGAUCUACAGAAGGACAUCGACCAGCAGUGGGAUGUUGUCUUGAAGAUCGACGGGCCCUACGCGCUGCACGAGGCAUUGAACAAGCAACGGGUCGCCUGCGACAAUCUGAUAUCGAUCAAGAACAAGCUCAUCAAUGAAUACAUCUCCGAGCUCAAGACCAAGGACGACGAGUAUGUCAAGGAGCUCAAGCGCCAAGCGGAGGAGAUCAGUAAGUGCGACAAGUGCUUCUAUACCCUCCUCGAGCGAAUGGACAAUCAAUAUCGCAAUUUCCAGAGCACCCUCCGUGAGGAGCUCGAGCAGAUCGAAAAGUCCUUUGUGCAAGAGCGGACAGAGCUCAUCGAAGCCAACAUCAAAGAAUUAGAAGGGCUGUUUGAGCAGCGCGGGACCAACGAAAGCCGAUAUCUCGAGGAACGCAGCAGCCGAAUUGACGAGCAGAUUGUGCAGCUUGAGGAGCUGCGAGUCCAUGACGCCGAGGAACACAACGUCAAUAAGAUCAAGCUCGAGACGGACAUUCAAGUUUUGGAGCAGCAGCUUCAGCAGAUGCGCGGUACAUACCAGCUGAAUAUCGAGAAGCUCGAGUACAACUUCCAGGUUCUCAAGAAACGCGAGGAAGAAAACGGCACCAUCUUGAGUGCACAGAAGAGAAAGAUCACACGACUGACGGACCACAUGAACACUCUGAAAGCCAAGCUGGCCAAACAAGAGAAGCAGUUUUCCCAAGACCAUUCUGCUCUCCAGGACGACAAGAACCGUAUCAAUGAACAAUACAAGGAGCUGCAAAAAAAGUUCAAGCACUUUCAGAUCUCGGACCACAAGACUUUCAAAGAAAUUUGGCAGAUGAACGAGGAGCUGGCGCGGGAGCAGAUGCGCAAGGUGCUGCAGGCCGACAGGAUCAUCCAUGAGCAGCAGCUCGGCAUGGAGUGGCGUCCGCCGCGCGAGGAUCUCUUCAAGUCUGUCGACCCAUCAAUCUUUCGGCAGGGUGGACAGCGCGGCGGCGGGUCGCCGAGUCUGGGUGACGCCAUGGGCAAGCUAUUUGAGAUGGGAGGAGGCGGCGAGGCCGAUCUUGAGUCUCGCCGAGAGUCACUGAGCGCCAAGCUGCACGAAUACAAGGGCAACUCUCGAACGAUGAAGAAAGUGUUGGAGCUGCUAUGCAAUGAGGCUGGAUUCUUGGUUGAGGACAAGCUUCAGAAGCUGCUUGCGCCUUUGCACAAGGACGAACAGUCGCUCAUGAAGCUCGACUCGAUCUUCAAGGCCCUGGGUGUGGAGACCGUCGAGGACAUUGAGAAGCUCACGCGCUAUUUUAUCUCGCGCGAGACAAUAGCGGGCGAGCCGGAGCUCGACGAGUCAGGCAGCCCACUCCCGCAGCUCAUCCAUCCAAACGACGUCAUCUCCGCUGUCAAGAAAUUCGUAGAGCACUACAGCGGGGCCGAGCUGAAUGGCGAUGCAGCGACGAUCGCCGAGGAGGCAGCGGACGAAAUGGCAAAUGGCGAGAACCCGAACGAAGAGUCCAACAAGCCCAACGGGACAAAGAGCAGAACGACGCUGCAAAAAGAGUACUGGGAGCACAUGUCGUCGGUCAUGGACGAUCGCAACUAUCGAAUCUGGACGGCGGUCUGCGCGGCCAUGGAGCGGUACAAUGUGGUGUUGAUGGAGCGAUGGAAUCUGGCACGGGACAACGACCAGAUCGCUCGACAGAACGAGGAACUCAAGAGCCUGCUGCGGCAGUACAUGUCCGCGCGGGUGAAUGAGGAGCUGCAAGUGCCACCAACGCAGGUUAUGAUGGCACAAGCCGGGAUGCUGGGAGGCAAUCUAUUCGCGAGCAAACAGGACAAGUAGAAGCCACGACACCGACAGCUCUGACACGACGGGCUGUGAUGUCCAGCAGCAGAUGCUGAAAUACACAUGUUCGUGCGAUGUUUCCGGG